UCCAGCUAGGCCCUUUGUCUAAAAUUUGUAUAUUGUACAAUUUUCCGUAACGAAUAAGUAACCUACAUGUCUAUAAUAUUUUCCAAGUUAGAAUUAUGAUCUCCGCUUGUUUGGCCGUUUUUUCAUAUGUACAACUGUAACUUAUAGAUAUACUGUUGUAAUAAGUGAAAAAUUGUUUAAUAUAACAAAUACGAAACAUUAGACAUAACCUACUGCUCUUUUGAUAAUGAAAGCAAACAUAUUUCAUUUCAUGUUAUAAUAAUGUUAAAUAAUAGUACUGUAAUGUCUCUUCAUACUUUAGUUAUUGUACACGUUGUAAUAGUAUUUUCUCUUACAACUCAUCAAAUUGGGGUAGCCAAUAACAUUUUUAAUGUGCCUUUCAUAAACGAUAAUGAAUUAAAGACGAUAUCAGAACGAUUAUUUAGUAUGUCCCACGGAUUGCUCAAUUAUGUGCAUAUAAAUUAUCAAGGGCAAGCAAGUUUUAAAAAUUUUUCGGAUAUGGCUCCUGAAAGAUUGUUGAAUAUAUCGUCCAAUAUUACUGUAAGAUUAACAACUAAGUCUCUAAUAAAGUUGUUUAAUAACUAUGAAUUAGAUGUCUAUCGACCAGAGAUUAUAACAAAAGAGAAAGACAUAGAAGAGAACGAGUUUAUUGAUAAUCUGUUGAAAACAGAUGUAAUGUUGGAUGCUAUGUAUUCUUUAUCAGUCAAAGGUUUUUUUCAAAGUGAUACACGAGUGUAUAAAAAUAUUUUGAAAGAACUCUGGUUUCACUUGUAUUCUCGAAGUAAGGGAAUAAAUGGUAGCUCUGGAUUUGAACAUGUUUUUAUAGGUGAAAGAAAACCGCGUAAAGGCGUUGUAGGACUUCAUAAUUGGAUUUAUUUUUCAUAUGGAGAAUCGAUAAAUAAUAUUAAUUAUUAUGGAUUUUCUUGUAAUAAGGAAUUUGAUGAGAAGGCUGUUAUCUUAGAAACAUAUUUUACGUAUAUUAGGAAACGUAAGAUGUCAACUAUAUUCGUAGGGACAACUCCAGAAUUAGAAAUAGCACUCUAUACAUUGUGUUUUUUUGCAAGACCAAACAAAAAAUGUAAACUAUCUUUCACAGGAUCUGAGUUUCAUGUUCAAACAUAUGUAUCACAAAGUAAUGGAAAAAAGUUUGUUGGAACU